GAUUUUAAUUAGAUCUAACUGUAUGUUUAUGCUCUUAAAAACACAAAUUAUAGGAAAAAAUUGUUUAAUGAAAACUUGGAUUUGAACGUCAAGUUAUUGUGUUUUAUAUGAGCAGAAAAGGUUAAUGUUUUUAUGACAUUUACGAAGCUUGAAAAGACUGCUUGUUUUCUUACUAUUUUAAAUCACGGUAAUUACUUUUUACAGAAGAAAUGGCUUGUAGAGGAACAAGUUUUUGUAGCAUAUGUGGAUGCAGGUUAUCUUCUACAAUUCUUCUUUUCCUCUUUGCCUUUACCUUUAUGAGUACAGUAGCUAAUGGUCUCGACAACAAUUUGGAUUUUUGCACUGAUCCGCAUUUACCGUGCGAAUCAGUAGGUAAAAGCGCAAUGGCUGCAAACCGUGAAAGGACUUUUAUCAUGAUCAAGCCUGACGGCGUUCACCGAGGCCUCGUCGGAAAAAUCAUCAAGAAAUUCGAACAAAAAGGCUUUAAAUUGGUCGCUCUCAAAUCUUUGUGGCCAUCAGAAGAGCUAUUGCAAAAGCACUACGCAGACUUAGCUGGAAAACCAUUCUUCCCAGGUUUAGUUAAAUACAUGAGCUCAGGACCCGUAGUGCCUAUGGUAUGGGAAGGUUUGAACGUUGUUAAAACUGGACGAGUACUCCUAGGGGCCACCAAUCCGGCUGAUAGCGCUCCCGGCACCAUCAGAGGGGACCUUUGCAUCCAAGUCGGUCGUAACAUCUGUCACGGUUCAGAUUCAGUGGACUCGGCCAAUAAGGAAAUCAACCUGUGGUUCAACGAGAAGGAAUUGGUUUCUUGGACUCCGGCCGAUGAGAAGUGGGUGUACGAGGAUUAAUUUUUUGAUAAUAUUUUGUAUUAAGUAGGAGCCAAAAUAAGGAGAUUAAACAUUUUUCCCUCAGGAACUCA